AUGGUAUGGGCCAUUCUUUCAGAAAAGACACGACGGACACAGAAUCAAUUUGCAACCAUUGGGUCGAAACGCCUCGCGCAGACCUUAAAGUCUGUUCAUAUCCCUUCCCAGCCUCUUAUAUUUGCCAACGUAUGGGACCUUGCCUCUCUGAACAUGGUCUUGUCCCUCAACAGCGAAGCCUCGAAACCGGUCAAAGCAAUUGCUACCGCUUCAUGGGCCUUCGCUGCUUCUCUAGGCGUAGAAGACGAAGAGCUUACUUUGGAACAGAAUCUCGCCUCAAUUCGAAACAUUACUGCCACGGUUGCCUCUGUCGGACUGCCGCUCUCUGUUGACCUUCAAGAUGGCUAUGGGUCUUGUCUUCGUGAAGCAGUGACCCAGGCGAUACAAGCUGGAGCUCAUGGUCUCGGACAAGGGGUCGAGCAUUCGUUGUGUCCUUCGAGCGAACAAAUUCGCCGCUUACAGCUAGCAGUAAAAGCCGCAGCUGACGAAGGCCUCCUUGACUUUUUCAUCAACGCCCGCUGCGACGUAUUCGCCUUGAAGGAGGGCCUCAACCUCCACAAUGAAGCGCGCCUGCAAGAAGCAAUCCGGCGUGGGAAGGCAUAUUUAGACGCAGGAGCCACAACUGUCUUCUUCUGGCGCGGAUAUGGUGCCGGCUUCACGGAAGCUGACGUACAGACACUUGUCGGGGGGCUUGAUGGCCAAGUCGCGAUACGCCUCGGUCAGACUUGA